AUGACGUCGCUGGUGAAGCACGCGCGCGCGGGGCUCGGUCAGGGGACCGUGCAAGGCGUCGCGACGGUCGCGCCGCAGGUGUCCGAAGAGGAUGCCGUGCCGGCGCCGGCGAGUGCCGCCGCGGAUGCGCCAUCGCCGGCGGUGCUCGCGAAUUUCAGCAACAACUACGGCGGCGCGUGCUCGCACUGCAGCGCGGACAACAUGUGUGGCCCGAAGCACGGCGGAACCGUCUGCCCUGGGUCCUACGCAUGC